UGGACUCCACGGGGCUUCGUUUCUAUUCUCUCACCAAUCCACGGAAGAUGCACAUUUGGAGAGGAGUCAAGGCAGCGGGGAUGCUCGCACCUGUCGGCCUGUCGCCGCGUCGCUGACUUCGGCCAAGCUGUGCAGCAUUUGAGCCGAUCGCUUGUGAUUUACGAGGAAUAUAUUGUUUUUCCUUUUCUGGAGUAAUUUGUUUUGUGUAUUUUUUCGUUAUAAUGGGGACUUUUAGAUUAACGGGACGGAUUAAGACGACAGAUGUGAGCACGUUGGACGCAAUUCACCUGCUUAGUUGUAAAGUAUUUGGACUAUUCUAGGCAAAAUAACAAAAUGGACUUGUGAAGGCGAGUAAGAAAUUGAUUUACUUUGUGGACAAAAACAACAAACGAUGAUCAUGUUUCGCAAAUUCCGAGUGUUACUCCUCACGGUGUUUCUUGUGGCGUGCACGGUGCACAUUAUGAUUGACUUGCUGCCCAAACUGGAGAAAGGGACAUCGGGAGCGGACGGCGGCUGCCAGUGCGCCCACCACGCCGGCGUGGAUGCACCGGGAUGGGCCAAACUGCGCGUCAGGUCGGCGGCCGAAGCCGGCGCUUGGCCCAAUAAGCACACCCUGCGAAUCUUGCAGGAUUUCAGCAGCGAACCCAACUCUAACCACACGGCGUUGCAGUCUCGGGAGAAGAGCGCAGAGACGUCCCGAAGGGGGAGGAUCCCAGCCGGGGAGGCGGAAGAGCACAAGCCGCUUAUCGGCGAAGCGAGCGGGGGUCGAACGGUGGCUGGAGCCGGUGAACCCCGGUUAAGGGCUCUCUUUGAGCAUCCGUUGUAUAAGAUUGGACUGCCGGCUCUGACGGAAAGAGACACUUUGUUUAACGUCAACACGGAUAUCAGGUUUUAUCCUAAAACAACCGACCAACAAGGAUGGCCAACUGAGGACCGCAACGGGCAAGAUGAUGAGAACGCGCGAGCGGCAGCAGUGACUGCUGAGUCGUACCCCAACUGGCUGCGUUUCCACAUCGGGAUCAACCGAUACGAACUGUACGCCAGGCACAACCCGGUGCUGGAUGCCCUUCUUCAAGAUUUGGUGAUGCAGAAGAUCACCAGUGUUGCCAUGAAAUCGGGAGGAACGCAGCUCAAGUUGAUCAUGACCUUCCAGAACUACGGCCAAGCUUUGUUCAAACCCAUGAAGCAGACGCGCGAGCAGCAAACCCCUCCAGACUUCUUCUACUUUUCCGACUUUGAGAGGCACAACGCUGAGGUCGCUGCCUUCCACUUGGACCGGAUUCUGGACUUCCGGAGGGUUCCCCCAGUGGCAGGACGGCUGGUGAACAUGACGCGAGAGAUCCGAGACGUGACACGUGAUAAAAAGCUGUGGAGGACUUUUUUCAUCUCACCAGCCAACAACGUGUGCUUCUAUGGCGAAUGCUCCUACUACUGCUCCACCGAGCAUGCGCUUUGCGGCAAACCGGACCAGAUUGAAGGCUCCCUUGCCGCCUUUUUGCCUGACCUCAAUUUGGCCAAACGCAAGACGUGGAGAAACCCGUGGAGGCGCUCCUACCAUAAACGCAAGAAGGCUGAGUGGGAGGUAGAUCCAGAUUACUGUGACGAGGUAAAGCAGACGCCUCCGUAUGACCGUGGAACUCGACUCCUAGAUGUCAUGGACAUGACCAUCUUUGACUUCUUGAUGGGUAACAUGGAUCGCCAUCAUUACGAAACCUUUGAGAAAUUCGGAAACGACACCUUCAUUAUUCACCUUGACAACGGAAGAGGGUUUGGAAAACACUCCCAUGAUGAGUUGUCAAUUUUAGUUCCUCUCAGUCAGUGCUGCAGGGUGAAAAAGUCCACCUUCCUCCGUCUCCAACUACUAACUAAGGAAGACUACCGUCUGAGCGCGCUAAUGGAGGAAUCCCUCCUCCGAGACCGUCUGUCCCCCAUCCUCAUCCGACCUCACCUGCAAGCCAUGGACCGCCGUCUCGGACUAGUUCUGCGGACGCUGGCUGACUGCGUGGCAAAGGAAGGCUACGCCAACGUAGUGGACGAAGACUUGGAUGGCGAGUCGCGCCCUGCUCACAGGUAGUGAGGGUCCGGGGGAACUUUUCAUAUCGCGCUGAAUUCAGUGAAUUCCUAGACUUUUCAUGGACACCUCUGUGGGAGUGUUUAUACGAACGAUGGACCUACAGCAAGAGACUCUACAGACAUUUGGUUUGAUCAUUUGCCAGAUCCUUUAGUGUCUGAUAGAAAAGUUUUAUUACAGCAGGAUGGAACAGAAUGCACAGAACCGGUGCCGUUACAGUGAACCCCUGCUAUAUGACAUUGUUUUUAAUUGCGUGACACUUGUUUCACCAAUAAAUUGAUGGUAUAGUUUGGUGUGCACCUUAAUGAUCUCACAAUAUGGGAAUUCAAUUUUAGUUAUAACCCGCUUAAACAAAACGCCAAGGCAUGCCAUCAACCAGCACCUCUAUUCUUCAGGUGCAAAAAAGUAAAACAGAUAGACCAGGCAUGUCCAAAGUCUGGCCCAGGGGCCCAAUGCGGCCCGUGUUCAAAUUUCAUCUGGCCCACAGCCUCUGUCAUAAAAUCAAUAACGUCUGGCCUGCACACAGACUUAAUAAAUUGGUCAGCAGUAUUGCUACCAGCAUAUGAAGUGGCUUACACACUAAAUGUUGCUCUUCAUUCACCCAUUAAAAGGCAGCAGCACUCUAAGCAACAUUACACCGUGUGACCCUUUACUUCCAAUUUCCUAAUAUGGCGACAAUCAACCAAAAAAAGAAAGUUGACAGCCGACGCUUCAAGGAUAGGUGGAAAAUGGACUAUUUCUUCACUAAAAUACCCAACAACUGUGUCUGCCUCAUUUGCAAAGAGAUAGUCGUUGUUUUUAAAUAAUUCAAUGUGAGGCGAUAUUACCAAAAAAGACAUUUUGACAUGUGCGACAAGAUCACAGGGAAGAUACGCAGCGAGAAAUUGAAGCUAGUUUAAUUUCACAGCAGCAGUAUUUCGUAAGAGCCCGAGAAUCGAAAGAGAACACCACAAAGGAUAGUUGCGAGAUUGCUGAAAUUAUUCAUUAAAAAAAAAUAAUAAAGCAAAUGCGAUACACAGAAUGGCUUGCUAACAUUUGCUUAAAAUAUAUUGUUCUACAUAAAUGACGUCAGCCAAGGUCGGCCCCCCACAUUUUACCACACCAAAUCUGGCCCCCUUUGCAAAAAGUUUGGACACCCCCAUGACCCACCCCCAUACUUCACAGUGGGUAUGAGGUGCUUUUCAGCAUGCGCAUCUUUCGUGGCACGCCAGACCCACUUAGAGUGUUUGUUGCCAAAAAGCUCAAUCUUGGUCUCAUCUGACCAAAGCACACGGUCCCAGUUGAAGCCUGGAACCGUGUGUAUUUUUGUGUGAAGUCCCCACUGUGACGUAUGGGGGUGGGUCAGUGAUGCAGUGGGGCUGUUUCGCUUCCAAAGGCCCUGGGAACCUUGUUAGGGUGCAUGGCAUCAUGAAUGCUAUGAAAUACCAGGACAUUUUAAAUCAAAAUCUGUUGCCCUCUGCCCGAAAGCUGAAGAUGGGUCGUCACUGGGUCUUUCAGCAAGACAAUGACCCUAAACAUAUGGCCAAAUCUACACAGAAAUGGUUCACCAGAUACAAAAUCAAGCUCCUCCCAUGGCCAUCUCAGUCCCCAGACCUUGUUUUGUUGGCAAAAGGGGGUUGUACAAAGUAUUACCACCAAGCGUGCUAAUAAUUGUUACACACAUUAUUUGAUGUCAGAUUUUUUUUUUCUUUAUGUGUAUUGAAGGUUGGAUUUUUCUCUUUUUUUUACCAUUAAGGUCCCAUAUUAUUUGAAUAAAUAAAAAAAAAUAUUAGAAGCUUAAAAAACCCAUCUUUUUCAGGGGUGCCAAUAAUUACGGAUGGCACUGUAUAUACUUUAGUUAUCCUACAAUGGGGAAACAACUAACCCAAGAAAAAAACAUGGGCACGCCAUCAGUCAGCAACCCAAUUCCUGAGGUGGAAAAGGGAAAACUGGAAGGUAAAUAAAAGGAAAAAAAGUGUGAAAACAAUAUUAAAUUAGUUGAAAACACCAUAGAUACACAAAAAAACAGAUUUAUUACAUGUGAAAUCAUGUAAUCUAGUACGUAUCACUGAAUUUGCUACCUUCACCGCUGAUAGACGUCCAAUGCAUUUAACCUUGGAAAGGAUGGAAGUGAAUGAUCACGUUUCAUCGACAUAUUUCAUUGAUUCAACGUCUAUCGCCAUUAAUGGGCAGCCAAUAGUUUAACUUUUUGAAUGCUAAGAGAUUCUGCGAAUAUGCGGGGGUUCACUGUAUACCUGAAUAAGCUUUAUUAAUAAGUGCAACAUGGAUUUUUUUGUUUUUGUUUUUCAAUUCCCAUCCCAAGCAUCUGAACACGUUCACGUGAAGUGCCAUCGUGUUUUUAACCAUCUUCCGCCAAAUAUACAAAAAACUAUGUAUAACAACAAUUCAUGCAGUUUCUUUUUAUAUUAUUGAACUUGCCUUAUUCCACUUGGGUUUCUAAUACAACACAUUCAUGUUCAGAAUUUAUUCACUUAAUACAGUCUGAGACUACAUUUCAAUUCAAAAAUUCACAUUCAACAACAAACCAGUCAAUGUAUGUGUACUGACUUUUUUAUUAAUUGCACUUCAAAUCCAAUUCCGAUGUUGUGUUUACUUAUUUCAUGAAAUUGUUCGAGUUUCCUGUUUUGUGUCCAGUUACUUUUUAUGUGAAGACUCGAUAUGAGUAUUUAUUUUAUUGGUGCGCCACAGAGAUCAUGGAAAUCACUUCUUGAAUGUCGACGAAGACUAACACAAUUACGGAACAGUUCAUUUAAAACUGAAUUUAAAAGAAUUGUCUAGCCUAUUUUCACUCACAGAGACGAUGAUAACGAGGGAGUGCGCUUUUGUGCCCUCACCCUUUGUAAAUACAAAGAUCUACCAAGCUGGUUUUCUGCAUUGUGACUGUGAAGAUCUGUUUACUGAAGUGUGCAAUCCAAAUAAAUGAGAGGAGAAACCA